AUCUCUAGAAUUUCAAGUCUGCCAAAGAUAGGGUCUCAGUCAACUCUCCUAGGCACUGAUCAGACCAGACACACAAGGUCUAAAGACAAAUUAGAUACACUAGACAUUAUUGGAGGCAACAAACAAUUAUUCUCAGAUAAUGAUUAUCUUCAAGACAAAAUCCUUAAGAUUUCUCCCAGCUUGAAGGCGUUCUCCAGGAAGAUAUUCUCCUCACAUAAUAAGUAUUUCAAAGUUAUGUCCCUCAAAUGUGGUGAGCUUGGCUUUGAUAUUGAAGAGCUAAGGGAUAUAAAAGACCUCAAUAAAUUUGGAAAUCCCAGUGAAUUUGACCUCAUCAAGCAGAUCCGUAAGAAACAUUUUGAUAUCAAAAGGUGGAGAAGAAUUGGCCUUCUGAAGGAUAAAUUUGAAACUUUCAGUUAUAUUAAAAAUACUAGAAGGAAUGGAGUAUAUCUCAAACCAAAUAGGAAAAAGAACAUGCAACCUGGUUUGUCACUUCCAUCUGUAAAUCAGAACCAGGGAGGCUUUUUCUCACUGACUCAGGCCAACACCAUCGAUCUGAACACCCAAAGUGAAACUUCAGAAAAGGAACUUAUAAAGCGGGAGAAUCAAAAUAAAAGUGUUGAUUACACUAACAUUAAAAUAAAAGAUAAAAAUGAUCUUUUUCAAGAAUGGAGUGAAAGAAGAAAACUAGCCAAACAGAAAGCUCUAGACCUUUACUCGACUAAGUCAAAGGAGAUAGAACAGAAAUACCUGAAGAAGACUAAGCACAAAUUGAAGGUUAUCAAGGAUCUGAUGAAAAAGCGCUAUACUUCGGUUAAAUAACACCAAACUAGAAGAGAAGUUAUUCAAUGCUAAAGCUUACAGAGAUCGCAGGGAUAGAGAAUUUGAUAGAGCCAGCUACCAGAGCUACCUGAAAGAGCAGAAGGAGGCCAAUAAGAUCAAGCUGAGGUCCCCUUCAGAGUCUGUAAUAGUCAGAACAAAGCCUAUUAGUUCAUGUAAACUCCCUGAAGUAGAUACCUCCAAAGAAGAUUUGCAGAGUCUCACUAGAAAACUUGAAGAGUCUUCUAAAAGGAUGGAAAAGGCAUCACUCGAACGUUCUGAGAAACAAAGACAACACUCUGAGAAAAUUCUGAGGAACAAACAGAGGCAUCAAGAUAUCAUUAAGCUGGCUGAGGAAUCUGCAAUGUCUAAUUUUGUGAAGAAGCAAACUAGAAUUUCCUCCUCCUUGAAAGCCAAGACCAAAGCUCUUAAGAGCCUGAAAACCAAAAUGAAAAUAAAAUCUUUUGAAAAGCAAAAAACUUUGAAGGAAAAUAUUAAGGUAGAGACUAUUAAGAAGGAAGAUUAUUACACAAAGAUUAAGAACAAGAUCAGAUUUCUUAACAAGAAAGAUAACGGAGAGGUAGAAUCGUCUCUUCCAACUAAGCCUCAAAUUUUGAGCCUCAAGCAAGCCCUGAUCAAUGAAGAGAAUGCACUGAAGAGGGAGAGACAAGCAGAGAAUUUGAAUAGGACUAUUACCAAAGAGAAGUUACUCAGGGAUAUUCUAAUAGACCGACAUAUUGCUAAGAAAGAGUAUUCUUAAGCCUCCUUCCAACCCAUCUGCACUCUUCUGGUACCUAAAACCUAAUGAACUUCCCCAAAAAGCCUCUAAAAAUUGCUAGAAAGUCCAUUU